AUGUCAAUGCACAGUUUCAAAACCUCCAGCGCUCACAAAAGGUCCAUGGAAACCAGCAUGGAACCAGCAGAGACCGAUGAAUCUGAAAGUCUCCACUUUCAAACACCAACCAAGGAUGAAACCGCUCCUAUCAUGAGGAAAGAGCGCAAAGUUUGCUUCAACAGCCGAGUCCGAUGUAGGCGCUCCAUAGCACCCAUCACGAACCCAGAUAAUCUCUGGUAUUCCAAGCAAGACCUUGCGAACUUGCGAAAGCAAGACAAACGGCUUCAGAACCUUGCCAUGGCUGGGGUUACAUCUUUCGUCGGAGAUGACGACACUGAAGAAAUCUCCUAUGUUGGCCUUUAUUCCGCGAAGGAGCGCAGACAACGAAUCAAGCGCAUUAAAGAAUCAAAGACAUGCGUCUUGAGUGAACAAUUGCAACAAGAAGAAAAAUUCUACAACGAAAUAUAUGAUCUUUCUGAUUUCAAUCUGAAUCAAGAAUCCAUUGCGGAAUAUUUCUCCGUCUUCUCCAUCAGAGCUGCCAGGGUUGCCCAUAUGAAGGGACUGCAAGUUUCUCGGCACGUUGAGAACUUGUCAGCAGAGGAAUCAACAGAUAGCGAUGAUAGUCAACCAUCCUGCAGCCAACAUUCUCGCCCACAGCGUUCCAAGGCUAUUUCAGGCCAUUGCCCAGUACGGAACUCUUCGAUCCAAUCUGCUGGCAGCUUAAUUGCCCGCUUGACGACAGCGGCAUAA